AUGGCGCCAUUGAAGGCAAGCCCGAAAGCCUCGACUUGGUCACCUGUGUUAAGUUCUGAUCAGUCUAAACAGUUUCAAGAACAAACCAUGCCGUCUGCCUCUGUUGAACAUUUUGCUCCGGCGGAAGAGAAUAGUGAUUCUGGUGAUGACAAACCUUUAUCGUCAAGGUAUUUGAAGGGUAAAGGGAAAAUUCCUAAGAGGCCUCUAGAUCACCAGACCAAUAUUUUCGAGCAGUCUGAACCGAAAAGGGCAAAACUUUCAUGUUCUUCUCUCCCGUUUAAGAAUGAGCAGGUAUUAUCAUCAGCAAAACAAGAGCCAGAGGUAGAUUAUGAUGACAUUACACUUGCACAGAGAAUGAAGAAAACGAGAUCAGUUAACAAACCAUCGACGAGGACAGAGCAAAAGGUACCAAAAAUCAGUUCAUCAUCCAAAAUGAUCAAAAAGGGCAAAGAGCCAGAUAAAGCAUCCAAGGAUCAUGCUAGCUCUAAAUCUGAUAAUAAGCAGAAGUGGACUAGUUUGGUUCACAACGGUGUUAUUUUUCCACCACCUUACGAGCCUCACGGGGUGAAGAUGCUUUACAAUGGGAAGCCAGUGGACUUGACUCCUGAGCAGGAGGAGGUAGCAACAAUGUUUGCACUGAUGACAGAUACAGAUUAUGUGAGAAAACAGAGAUUCAGAGACAAUUUCUGGAUGGAUUGGAGAAAGUUGCUUGGGGAAAAGCAUGUGAUACAGGAAUUGGAUGCUUGUGAUUUCCAACCAAUAUAUGAAUGGUGGUGCCAAGAGAAGGAGAAGAAGAAACAAUUGAGUGCAGAAGAGAAGAAGGCUGUGAAGGAGGAAAAAUCGAAACAAGAGGAGAAGUAUAAGUGGGCAAUUAUUGAUGGUGUAAAAGAGGAGGUUCAGAGCUUUCGAGUUGAACCACCUGGAUUAUUCCGAGGCCGUGGUGAGCAGCCACAAUCAGGAAGGUUGAAAAGGCGGAUCGUUCCAAGUGAUAUUACAAUCAACAUAGGAGAGGAUGCGCCGACUCCUGAAUGCCCCAUUCCUGGUCAAAACUGGAAAAGAAUAAGGCAUGACAAUACUGUCUCAUGGUUAGCUUGCUGGGACGAUCCAAUUUUUGAGGAGAAAACCAAGUAUGUAAUGCUGGGAAGCAGCAGUUCCUUGAGGGGUCAAAGUGACAAGGAGAAAUAUGAGAAAGCGAGGAAGUUGAAGGACAACAUAGAACGAAUCAGGGCUACAUACACUAAAGCUUUUACUAUUUCUAGUAAAGCAGAAGGUGCAAAUUUGAAGCGGCAGAUAGCAGUAGCUACUUAUCUUAUCGACAGAUUUGCGCUAAGGGCUGGGAACGAGAAGGAUGUUGAUGAGGAAGCUGAUACUGUUGGCUGUUGCACAUUAAAGGUAGAGAAUGUAAAAGCCAUUGCCCCUAACCUGCUGGAAUUCGACUUUCUUGGUAAAGAUUCCAUCAGAUAUCACCAAACUCAUCAAGUCGACCUUCCUGUUUACAAUGCAAUCAAGCAGUUUCAGAAGGGAAAGAGUAGCAGUGAUAAGCUCUUCGACCAGUUGGAUACAACUAUACUGAAUGCACGUCUAAAGGAAAUGAUGCCUGGCCUUACGGCUAAAGUGUUCCGAACAUACAAUGCAUCUAUCACAUUGGAUAACAUGUUGAAUGAGAAGACUAAAAAAGAGGCAGAUGUUUCAGCUAGAGUUGCAGUUUACAACAAUGCAAACAAGAAGGUUGCUAUCCUUUGCAAUCACCAGCGUGCUGAAGCAAAGACUUUCGGGGAGCAAAUAUCUAAGCUAAACAAGAAGAUUGAGGACCUAAAAGGCGUAAUGGAAGCUCUGGAAACAGAUUUGGUCAGAGCAAGAGAAGGAAAGUCCCCACUGAAAGACGGUGACGGAAAACAAAAGAGGAACUUGACCCCAGAAGCAUUGGAGAAGAAGAUGGCUCAAACGACGAAGAAUAUAGAAACCAUUGAAAGGAAAAUUGCUGACAAAGAGGACAAGAAAAAUGUUGCAACUGAAACAUCGAAAACCAAUUAUCUUGACCCUCGGAUCACAGUUGCAUGGUGCAAGCGACAUGAAGUUCCUAUUCAGAAGAUGUACAGCAAAAUUCAGCUCAAGAAAUUUGCUUGGGCAAUGGAUGUGGACCCUAACUUCAGAUUCUGA